GAGAAAGAGAGAGAGAGAAAGAAAGAGAGAGAGAGAGGGAGGGAGAGAGAGGGAGGGAGAUAUAGCGCGGGAUAGAGAGAGGAAAGCAGGAUUACACUCCGACAGUGUCGGCAGACGAGCGGAGCCAGACAGGAAACUCUUUGACUUGUGUGAGUCAGAGCAACAGGAGUUACAGAUCCGACACGCCAAACCACCAUCUGUCCGUCUGUCCAUCUGUCCGUCUUCCGGUCCCAGAGACAUCUGGAGCUUUUCCAUAUGGGAGCUUCCUCUGGACUCUACUGAACACAUCAGACCUGAGGAACACAGACCGGAAUACCAAGACACACAUUGGAAUACUCACCACGCUCCACAAAGAAACCACAAGGAAUAUUAAGAUCAGGGAGAUUUACACUUACUCCACACACUAGAACACACUACAAACACCGGAGACGCAAACACAUCGGAAUACUAACCACACUUUACAGAGAGGGGACAACAAGGAGAACACACUGGAAUACUGACAACACUCCCCGGGGACUCGGGAAUACAAUAAUAAAUCAGCAGUGGAGGAAUACUCUAGGAGGAAAAAGGACAGAAACUUUUCUCUUUUAUCUGAUGAACUGAUAAACAAUCUAUCCGCAUGGGGAGGACCUGUACAUUAUUCCUGGAGAGAGAGAGGCAGAGAAGGAGGAGGUAGAAAAAGAGAGUGCGAGAAAUAGAGAGGUGUUAUGACCAAGGUUGGGGGGGGUUCAGAACAAAUUUUUCACUUUUUAAAACCUUUUCACACUGCUUUCUCUCCUCCGCUGAGCGGACUUCUCAUCGCUCUGAUCUCUCCUCACCAGACCAGCAGGGAGCGAGGGAGACAGGCAGACUGACAGAGAGCUAAAAAGCGCAGGUUCCCCCCCACACACACACACACACACACACACACACACACACACACACACACACACACACACACACACACACACACACACACACACACACACACACACACACACACACACACACACACACACACACACACACACACAGGCUGCCUCUGUAGUCUCUCACACCUCUCCCCAGUGUAUCGCUCCGGUCAGGAGGAAGAGUGUAUGGACAGCUUCACUCCUCUCCCUGUCAUCCCCAUCUUGCUUUCUCUCCACUCCCCUCUAAUUUUCACUGUCCUCACCUCAGUCCCACUCAUUAACACCAGCUAUCGUCCGCCUUCACACAUGAACACACACACAGUAGCACACUCACACUGUCCAUAUGCUGGCACUCUCCCGUUGAGAUGUGCUCUCUCCUUCACGAGAGCAUGCCACCACCUCACGCACACUUUCAUACACACACUCUCUCACAUAUACACACACAGUUUGAACACACACUCCUCCUUGCUGAAAGAGGAUAGAGGGAAGUGAGAGACAAGCGAAAGGAGAGAGAAGACAAAGCAGGAGAAGAAGAAGAAAAAGGGAGAGUGCACCUAGAGAAAGAUGAAACAGCACAGGCAGUAAGGUGCUGACAUGGCUGCUCCUCCAGGACAGCCACCUUCUUCUCCGCGAUAUCCUCCUCUUUUCCUCCUCUUCCUCUUCCUCUCCUCCCCUCCUCUCCUCCUCUCCCGCCCUCUCAUCCCUCAUCCCUCUAUUAACGUGGCGGUGGUGUUCUGUGGCUCUGCUUACCAGAAUGAGGUCAGGGGUCAUUUGAGCAGAGAGGACUUCGCUGAUUUUCCCCUAGAGGUGAACCCGGUCACUGUUCUGGUUAACGACACCAACCCUCGUGCUCUGCUGACAAGUCUCUGUGAAACCAUGGCGACAGAGAAACUGCAUGGGGUCGUGUUCGAGGACGAUGUGGGAUCAGGAGCUGGACCUCAGGUGGCAGAAGUGGCUCAGAUCCUAGACUUCCUGUCGACUCAGACAGCUCUGCCCAUCGUUGGCAUCAGCGGAGGAUCUACCGUUGUCAUACCUCACAAGGCUGAGGGUUCCACGUUUCUCCAGAUGGGCGCCUCCCUGGAGCAGCAGAUCGUCUGCAUGUUCAAGUUGAUGGAGGAGUAUGACUGGGGAGACUUUGUAGUAAUCACCAGCAUGUGGCCGGGAUACGAGACGUUUGUAGACUAUGUCCGAUCCUACACGGACACUUCCUACUUCCUGUGGAGGCUACAAGAUAUCCUGUCUCUGGAGAUGUCUGUCGGAACCAGUGACGUCCGAGCCAAACGCAUGUUACAGCAGAUUGAUUCCCAGGUGCUCCUGGCCUACUGUUCCUAUGAAGAGGCCCAGUACCUGUUCCAGGUAGCAGGGGAGGUAGGUCUACUGGGGCCUGGGUACAUCUGGAUCCUCCCCUCCCUCGCAUUGGGCAACACCGAGAGCCCUCCACCUAUGAGCUUCCCUGUAGGACUGAUUGGCGUCAUCACUGACCACUGGAGGAAGAGCCUGAGGCAACGUGUCAGAGAGGGAGUGGCCAUAGUGGCUAAAGGGGCGGAUAGUUUCAGAAGGCAUCAAGGGUUCCUUCCAGAGGGACACAGCGACUGCAACACACCAGUUACACAUAUCAACAACAACACACUGUUCAGACACAUGCUAAACGUGACAUGGGAGCGUAAGGACCUGACGUUCAACAGUGAUGGCUACCUGACCAACCCCUCCAUGGCCAUCGUCGCACUGGACAGAGACAGACUUUGGGACAAGGUGGGUACAUUAGAGCGGGGUAUCCUCCAGGUGCGUUACCCGGUGUGGCCUCGCUAUGGCAGUUUUCUGGAGACAGUAUCAGAUGACCGCCACCUGACGGUAGCCACUCUGGAGGAGAGGCCCUUCGUCAUCGUAGAAAAUGUGGACCCCGACACGGGCACCUGCGUACGCAACACCGUGCCUUGCCGACGCCAGUCCAACCGCACCGAGAGUAUUGUGGGCCACUCGGAGCCCUACACCAAGCUGUGCUGUAAGGGGUUCUGUAUAGACAUUCUGAAGAAGCUGUCUCGCACCAUUAAGUUCUCCUACGACCUCUACCUGGUCACUAACGGGAAACAUGGAAAGAUGAUCAGUGGCAUCUGGAACGGCAUGAUCGGAGAGGUGUUCUAUAGGAAAGCAGACAUGGCCAUAGGUUCUCUCACCAUAAAUGAGGAGCGUUCUGAGAUCAUCGACUUCUCCGUGCCCUUCGUUGAGACGGGCAUCAGCGUCAUGGUUGCCCGUAGCAAUGGGACUGUCUCCCCCUCCGCCUUCCUUGAGCCCUAUAGCCCAGCGGUGUGGGUGAUGAUGUUUGUAAUGUGCCUGACCGUGGUCGCUGUGACUGUAUUCGUGUUUGAGUACUUCAGUCCUGUCGGGUACAACCGAAGCUUGGUCAGUGCUAAAGCGCCCGGAGGUCCUACCUUCACCAUAGGGAAGUCAGUGUGGCUACUGUGGGGCAUCGUGUUCAAUAACUCAGUCCCCAUUGAGAACCCUAAAGGCACAACCAGUAAGAUCAUGGUGUUGGUGUGGGCCUUCUUCGCUGUCAUCUUCCUGGCCUCCUACACUGCCAACUUGGCUGCCUUCAUGAUCCAGGAGCAGUACAUAGACACUGUGUCUGGACUGUCUGACAAGAAGUUCCAGAAGCCUCAGGAGCACUACCCUCCAUUCCGUUUUGGUACGGUCCCUAACGGCAGUACAGAGAGGAACAUCAGAAGUAACUACCCUGACAUGCACGCACACAUGGUCAAAUACAACCAGAAAGGAGUGGAGGAUGCCCUCAACAGCCUCAAGACAGGGAAGCUGGAUGCAUUCAUCUAUGAUGCUGCGGUGUUGAACUACAUGGCAGGGAAGGACGAGGGCUGUAAGCUUGUGACUAUCGGCUCCGGGAAAGUGUUUGCCACGACAGGCUAUGGCAUAGCCCUGCAGAAAGAUUCCAGAUGGAAACGACCCAUUGACCUGGCCUUGCUGCAGUUCCUGGGAGACGGUGACACCCAGCGCUUGGAGACGGUCUGGCUGUCAGGCAUCUGUCAGAAUGAGAAGAACGAGGUGAUGAGUAGUAAGCUGGACAUAGACAACAUGGCCGGGGUCUUCUACAUGCUGCUGGUGGCCAUGGGGCUCAGUCUCUUGGUGUUUGCCUGGGAACAUCUACUCUACUGGAAACUACGCAAGAAACUAGACAAGUCUCCUCGCAUGGACUUCCUGCUCGCUAUCAGCAGGGGAAUCUACAGUUGCUUCAACGGGGUGGAGGAACCAGACCACCCUAACCUUGCAAACUCAGAUCUGACAACUAACUACGCCCAGGCAAACAUGCUUAAGAUGUUACGCACUGCUAAAGACCUGGUCAACUCUGCCCAGGUCGAGACCUCACUGGACCACGCCACCAAGACCAUAGAACACUGGGGUCGCCAUGGCGGCAACCUGCCAGUCCACAUUCCGCAGCAGGUCACCACGGAAAUGGUUCCAGGAGGGUUUUCUCAUGUCACAGAGAACACACACACACACCUGUCCCCCGAGCACCCCCUCAUCCCGCAAUACUGCACGCUGGGUGUAGUGACUUCUCUGAACAGGCAGAAGGGGCUGGCGAGACCCACGCCGCUACGAUACACGCUCCCGGCUCGCACUUCCUCCCUCUACGACAGACCACUUUCUGUUUCUAGUCUCAGUAGCCCUCACCUUGACCUGGCUGGGGGGGACCCCCUCUCUUCCUACUCUCAACCCUCCACAGGUAGGCUGUAUGUGGAGCCCCAGCACAUCUCCCACCCCCGCUCUCCUUUCAUCCCCUAUAGUGAGCUUCAGCAGCCAGACAUCUACCCCUUCUCUCACCACCCCUCUGCCAUCUCCCAUCCAUCCCACACAGAACCCUCCAGGAAGAAUAGGAGGAGCAAGAGCCUCCUCUCAGGGGAAUCAGGAGGAGGAGAGAGGAGGAGGCGCAGGGAGGAGAAGACGGUGUGUCUGGCUGAACUCCGGGCCAACCACCUCCAGGAGAACAACGUCUCGCCCCAGAUGCCCGACUCCCUGUACGCAGGAACGGUGCUCUGUCCUGGGGUAGAAGGCUCCGUUGGCGCCUGGCCCCUUCCCCUGGAGGAGCUGGUUCUGGCAGGCAGACAGAGGCUCCACCGACGGCCAUCUUUCCUCCGAGCCACCUGGGGGAGUGAGCGGAUUCUCCAGCCGGACGAAACUCCGCCUACAUCCCUUGAUUGCCAAUCACAUUCUGCUUUACCAGACCUGUUCCCCUGCGUCAUGGCCGACCAAGAAACUCCCACUAAACUCUACAACCCCGCCCCCCUCCGGAACAACCUAUGCUACCCUGCCACCUCAACUCGCCAGCAUGCGUAUCUCCAUAUAAGGCAGGACCAGAGGAAAGGGAACGGACGUAAGAAGCUGCGGUACUCAAACUCCACCCACCUGCCCACCUACAGGGAGGCCAUGCUGGGGAGUCAGGGAGGCGGAGGGGGGGUAGGCCUUGGGGGGGUUCGGAGAGCCACCAACCUGCUCAGCAGACAGUACUCCCACUAUCUAACCUCCUACCCUGGGCUGCCACUCUAUCAUGGCCCCCUGGACCUCCAGGCCCAUUCCCAGGCAUCCAGCAACCAUGCCAGCCCCAGCCCCGGUACAUACCCUAGUCCCAGCCCAGUAUGCCAGCUCCUGCCCUGUGGAGGUGGCUUUCGAGGCCAGAGGGGGUUGCUGUACCAGGACAGUCUGUAUGGAGCCUAUGGGGCCAAUGGAGCCUACCGAGAGGACCAGGAUCCGGGCUUAGAGCCCCAGAGAGGAGAUGCAUCAGUAGGUUUGAGGUCUGAGGACAGAUCCUGUGUGACCCAGCCCUGGGGACGCGUGUCUAGUCUGGAGUCAGAGGUCUGAGAGACACAGACAAACACUGCAGACUUUACAUACUGGAAUUUAUACAAUAGAAUAUACUGUUUGACUUCCACAUUUAAGAUUUGUGAUCCACAGUGACCGAUGUCUCAUACACAGAAACAUGUACACAAAGGAUUUGUACAGUAAAGGUGGUAAGCUGAGGGGUGGUUAUGUUGGACAGUUGAACUUCCUUAUUCCUUAUUGAACAGACAAAGUAGAGUAUUUGACUGAAUGUUAAUUGGACAUUUUGGAGGUGACUGUACUGUAGCUAGCUCAGCCUAGCACAGUGACGUCCCUUUUUCUUCAAAUUUUACACUCUUAGAAAAAAGGUGCUAUCUAGACCCUAAAAUGGUUCUUCGACUGUCCCUAUAGGAGAACCCUUUGAAGCACCCUUGGCUUUUGAUGGAAUGUGGAUUUUACUUGCUGCUUUGAAACAUUAUAUUCCUGUGUUCUGUGCAUUGUAUUACGUGGCCACGAUGUACAGAGUCAGUAGUGUUGCUGUGUGGGACAGAUGCUCUCAAAGAUGUCACAUAGCCCAGAGAGCUGUGUGUGUGUAUUCUGUGUGUGUGUAUGUGUGCUGUGUGUGUUCUGUGUUUUGUCAGCCCUUGCCGGGUUAUAUCCGAGCCCUUCUCCACUGAGCCGAGCGAAAGGGGAACAUGUCUUAAGCUCUCCGUAUAAGCAAAAAAACCUGCCACAACCAUACACACUAACAAGAUCACAGUUACCUGUAUCUAUUGACUGCAAUGUACAAGGCCAUGACAACCCAGCAAUUUCUACAAGUAUGAGUACAGUUAAUGAAUCUGUAGAAGAAUUGCAAUACAAAGGUUUCCGUUGUAGAUAUGAACACACUGUAUAUUGGUAAGGAAUACGGAAAGCUAAGGGUUGGACACAAUCCCUAUCGCGGAAGUAUUGAGAAAGAUCAGCAUUAAAAGGCAAAGAUCAUUUCCGAUUGAGCCGACAUGCAGGGUUUACUGUAAGUGCAGUCCCUGCAAAUGUGGGAACAUUACCUAUAAUGAGCUAUAACGCGGAUCUUCCGUGAUACUGUGGGGAUACGGAUUGAAUCCAGCCCUUAGUGUGUGUAUCUACAGUGCAAUAAAAACGUUUCAGCUGUACAAGUGAUCUGAGAAGCUAUAUAAUCCUGGACGUUGAUCUACGGUCAGUUUUGUGUUCCCACCCUGAUGGUUAAGGUAAGGUUUUUGGGAAGGUAGGCUGAUACUAGAUAUGUGCCUACUCUGAGCACAUCACACUGGAUGGAUGAUACAUCCACAGCAGUACACAAUCUAAUAGGGCUUCUCAUCAGAUUUACAGUACAUUCGGAAAGUAUUCAGACCUCUUGACUUUAAAAAAAAAAAUUACAAUACAGCCUUAUUCUAAAAUGGAUUGAAUCGUUUCCCCCCCUCAUCAAUCUACACACAAUACCCCAUAAUGAAAAAGCAAAAACAGGUUUUAUAUAUUUUUGCAAAACUGAAAUAUCACAUUUACGUAAGUAAUCAGACACUAAUUUCAGUACUUUCUUGAAGCACCUUUGGCAGCGGUUACAGCCUAGAAUCUUCUUGGGUAUGACGCUAGAAGCUUGGCACACCUGUAUUUGGGGAGUUUCUUCCAUUCUUCUCUGCAGAUCCUCUCAAGCUCUGUCAGGUUGGAUGGGGAGCGUCGCUCACAGCUAUUUUUAGGUCUCACCAUAGAUGUUUGAUCAGGUUCAAGUCCAGGCUCUGGGAGGGACACUCAAGAACAUUCAGAGACUUGUCCCGAAGCCACUCCUGUGUUGUCUUAGUAUUGUUGUCCUGUUAGACUGGGGGCGAAGGUUUAUCUUCCGCGGUCUUGAGCGCCCUUGAGCAGUUUUUCAUCAAGGAUCUCUCUGUACUCUGUACAUCCCCACAGUAUGAUGCUGCCACCACCAUGUUUCACCAUAGGGAUGGUGCCAAGAUUCCUCCAGACGUGGCGCUUGGCAUUCAGGCCAAAGAGUUCAAUCUUGGUUUUAUCAGACCAGAGAAUCUUGUUUCUCAUGGUCUGCCUUUUGGCAAACUCCAAGUGGGAUGUCAUGUGCCUUUUACUGAGGAGUGGCCUCCGUCUGGCCACUCAAACAUAAAGGCCUGAUUGGUGGAGUGCUGCAAGAUGGAAGGUUCUCCCAUCUCAACAGAGGAACUCUGGAGCUCUGUCAGAGUGACAAUUGGGUUCUUUGUCACCUCCCUGCCCUGUCACCAAGGCCCUUCUUCCCCAAUUGCUAAUUUUGUCCGGGCGGCCAGCUCUAGGAGGAUUCUUGGUGGUUCCAAACUUCUUCCAUUUAAGAAUGAUGGAGGCCACUGUGAUGUUAGGGACCUUCAAUGUUGCAGAAAUGUUUUGGUUUCCUUCCCCAGAUCUGUGCCUCGACACUAUCUUGUCUCAGAGCUCUACGGACAAUUCCUUUGACUUCAUGGCUUGGUUAUUGCUCUGACAUGCACUGUCAACUGUGGGACCUUAUAUAAACAGGUGUGUGCCUUUCCAAAUAACGUCCAAUCAAUUGAAUUUACCACAUGUGGACUUCAAUCAAAUUUAGAAACAUCUCAAGGAUGAUCAAUGGAAACAGGAUGCACCUGAGCUCAAUUUCGAGUCUCAUAGCAAAGGGUCUGAAUACUUACGGUAUUUCUGUUUUUUUAAUUUUAUAAAUUGUAAAAAAUGUAUAUGAAAAUGUUUUAGAUUUGUCAUUAUGGGGUAUUGUGUGUAGAUUGAUGAGGGAAACACAUAUUUAAUCAAUUUCAUAAUAAGGUUGUAAUGUAACGAAAUGUGGAAAAAGUCAAGGGGUCUGAAUACUUUCCGGGUGCACUGUAUAUUUAGAUAUAGAUAAUAUAUACUGUAGAUAUAUCAUGCUAUUUGUUGUUUUAGUAUUAUAUGAAUGUAUUAAUAUAUACUUUCUAAUAACCAAUAACUCUUCAGGCAUAUCUUUCAGGACUUUUAAAAUGGUAGAACUGACUGACUUGGUGAGGCAUUUACUUGGAUUUAUAUUCUUUCUCUCUCCGUCUUUUUCCCAGUCCCUUCCUUUUCCACUCUCUCUUUCUCUAUUUCUCUCUCUUCCAUUCUCUCUCCUUUCUCUGUGUAAUGAUGGCAGAACUUACUAUUUCUCCCCUCCCUCCUCUCACUGUAAAUUAUAGCUAAAGGAGGUCAUUGAAAGCUAUUCUAGUAUCUGUAUUACCUGAUUUUUCACAUUGUAAUUAAUCACUAAGAACAAUUAAAAGUAUU